AUGGAGUCCUUCCUCCGUGCGGUGGGUCUUGCCCCAUCCGAAGGAACUCCCCUAUGUGAAAUGCCAGUGGCAUCGCGACGGAGGCCAAGCUCAGCGGAUCGAAGGGCCUUGUCCCUACAGGAGCUGCGGGAGCUACUUCCCGACCUCGCGGGUGUGGCUGCCGGCACCGAACCGGGGAUCCUCUCCCUCGAGGACGAAGCUCGGAGUUUGGAAUACCUCGCUCCCAAGGAGGCGCUGGAGCUUCUGCGGCGUUGGUCUGAGGCUCUGAAGCGGCGAGCUCGGGCUGAGGAGUCCUUAGUCAGCUUCAAGGCUCAGUUUCUUCGAAGCAAUGCACUGGAAAAGGCGUUCCAGGGCCUUCGCAAGAAUGAAGCCUGGAAGCACGAGAUGGCGGACCGCCCGCUCUUUUCAGCGGAUGGCUCCAGCCCAGCUGAGGUUUUCGCCGCAGAGCUCCGAAGCGUGCUGCAGCUCUCCCUGCCGCGGGCUGCCUCGCAGCUGGCGCAGCCGCUGCAGGAGGUGCUCUCAGAGCCAUCUGCUCCCCCCGAGACGGUGGCAGCGGCGCUGACAGCACUUCGAGCUUUCAAGGAGGACUGGCGAGAGGCCGUCCGUGCUCAGGCAGCAAAGAGUCUCGAAAGGCGGCUGGACUCACUCAAGUACGAGCUGCAGAAGAUGCCCAGCGUAUCACAGCUGGGCCCGGCACGGCGUGUGCUGCGGGAUCGUGUGGCGGUGCUGGCACUGCUGUUGCAGGCCUUAGCCGACCUUAGGCUUGGCAUGGAGACGCGGGGUGCCGAGAUCGACAGCGCCCUGGUGGUCUUGGGCCUUCAGACAUCGCCGGGCGGCAGCAACUCCUCUCGCCAAACAGGCACCACGAGUACGACCGCAGAGUCCUCCAGUCGCAGCCGUGCGAGCUCCGCCAUUAGCGACAGCAGCAAAGGCACCGAAGAGCCCAUUCCGGAGAUGCCCAACCUUGCAGAAUGCGAGGCUGCCGUGGAUGCCAUGGUCACGAAGACGGAACACGGCAUGCGUGAAGGGCUCCGUCUACUGCGGCUCCCAACGAGCCCACUGCAUUUUGUACCGGGGUCCGAACUCCGUCUCCGCGGUCAUGACAUCAGGGUGGCAGUUUGCAGCUUGAUCGCGCACUGGCUGGAGGAUGAGAAGCCUGCCUUUUUCGACGUGUUGCAGCGCAUCCACCAGGUGCUUCGGAAAGAAGCGCCGCCAGCUCGGGACUCGCUCGCCACGUCGGAGCUCGUCACGCUUCGCGAGACGCUGCGCGCCGAGAGACGAGGGCUCCUGGACCAGCUGGAAGGCUUGGAUGAGCGCUUGCGUGUCAUAGACGAGCAGCUGAAUCUGCCGACAGUGGUGCACGACGUGCAGGUCAGCACGGAGAGCGGCACUCUCUUCAACUGUGGUGCGAAGCAAAGUGCUAGUGAGGACAAAAAUGUGGAGCCACGGCUCAACGCCGGGUGCCAAUUGGCUGCUGCCUUGUCCGGUAUCGCGGAAACCCUGGCGGUGGAGAACCAGCGCUCGGUGGAGCGCUUUGGGGCGCAGCUUCAGCUCAGGCGCGCCGAACUCCUCUCGGCGCUGAGGGAGCACCUGGCGGCGGAGGAGGGUCGGCUUUCUGCCCUCGUCGUUGCCCCAAGCGGGGUCGUGAACGCUGCCCAGGUGGCAGCGGAAGCUGUGUAUGGGGCCUUCGAGGAAAACAGGCAGCUUUGUGACCUGGUUCAGAAAGCGCUGGGCCCCGCGAGCUCGCAAGUCAGCGAGCUUUGUGCUGGGAGCAGAUGCCGUGCCAGGUGGAUGGAUGGCAACUACUACGACGCAACCAUCCACACUGUACUGCCCGACGGCUCCGUGGUGGUGAACUGGCUGCGGCCGCGGCCGGGACACGACAGCAAGGAGCGGCCGCUUCGGACCAUCAGUGGCGUCGGCGGCGACGACACCUUGCAUCGGAUACUUCAAAAGGUGGACAUUCACUUCGAGGGCCUUGGCUCCGAGGGCCCCGGGCCCUCGGGCUCCGAGGCGGCGCUGUCGGUGUUCCAGCAACGGAUCGUCGGUGUGCGGACUGUGGCGCUGAGGGGCCGGAGUGGCCCGGAGUCUCAGCAGCUAAUGUCGCUCUGUGGUCACAAGCUCCUUGUCAUGCUCUAG